AUGGGACCGUACAUUAUCGCCAACAUAUUCAUUCUGCUCAGCCCUACACUCUUCGCCGCAACUAUCUACAUGACCCUUGGUCGAGUCAUCCGUCGGGUUCAUGGAGAACAUCUUUCUCCCAUUCGGGUCUCGCGCCUUACGAAAACAUUUGUCUGGUUCGAUGUUUUGUCUUUCGUUGUCCAGGGAAACUCCUCAUCUCUCUCGGUUCUGGGAUACCCCCAGUGGGGAAAGGUAUGCGUUGUUGCCGGUUUGGUAAUUCAACUCAUCUCUUUUUCCCUCUUCUGGGUAACUGCCAUCAUGUUCGCAAAGCGCCUUCGUCGCACACCCACUCCCGAGUGCCUCAAGCCUGGUAUUCCCUGGCAACGAUCGAUGCAUAUGCUAUAUGCUGUCAGUGCUCUCAUUUUGGUCCGCUCUAUUUUCCGGAUCAUUGAAUAUGUCAUGGACAACGAUGGUUACCCCCUUAUGCACGAGUGGACAUUGUAUGUGUUUGAUAGCUUGCCGAUGGUGGCUGUCAUGGUUAUCUUCUUUAUUUGGUAUCCUGAUCAGAUGAGUCUUGAUGCGGAUUCCGAUGGAAACAUCCCACUUGCACACAGUUAUUCUGGAGUUUAA